AUGCAGCUCACUAUCGGGCAGUUCAUUAGCCAGCAGCGGAGUCCCGUAGCGCCAGUAAUCGUGAGGGAUCUCAGGGGGAAGACAAUCAUCGUCACUGGGGCAAAUAUUGGCAUCGGAUUAGAGACAGCGAAACACUUUGCGCGGAUGAAGCCCGCACGGCUUAUCCUCGCGUGCAGGAGCAAAGAGCGGGGCGAUGCCGCCGUUGAGCAGAUUAAGAAGGAGACGGGGUGCGAGAACGUAGAGCUGUGGAUUCUCAAUCUGGGCGAAUUCGCAUCUGUCAAGGCGUUUGCUGAGCGCUUUGAAAAGGAGGGCGGGGGACGGCUCGACAUUCUUGUCGAGAACGCUGCGAUCCUCCCCUCUGCCAAGUUUGAAACCACACCAGACGGCUGGGAAACUAGUUUCCAAGUCAACUACCUCGCGACGUCGCUCCUUGCGCUCCUGCUCCUCCCAACUAUGGUGCAGACGGCCAAAGAGUAUGACGUCACGCCACGGAUUGUGGUGGUUUCUAGUGAAGUCCACUAUUGGGCCAAAAUCGACCCGGCCAUCCUGGAGGCGCCUAACCCGUUGAAGGCAUACGGAGGAUUGGAUAAUUUUACAUCAAAAACUCAGGGGAACAGAUACGCCGAGACGAAACUUUUGAACAUCCUUUUCACACGCGCGCUCAAUGACCGCCUCAACCUCGACUCCACAAACGACGAAGCCAGCAAAGAAGUCCUUCCGGACCUCACCACUGACGAGCCACCCGCAAGCAUCAUCGUCAACGCCGUAAACCCAGGCUACUGCUACUCGAACCUGCGCUCCACCUACACCGGGCCGCGCGCGUGGUUCGACUGGUUCAUGGAGAGGGUGCUCGCGCGCACGGCGGAGGAGGGCAGCCGUCAAGUCGUGUGGGCAGCGCUGGGAUGCGAUGAGAGCGAGAAUGCUGCAGGAGGCGGUAGUGCGCGCCAGCGCACGAGGGAGAGAGAGGCGAAGAUGAAGGGAGCGUAUAUCUCAAAUGCGUCCAUUUCCGAGCCCAGCGAUUAUGUGAUUGGGGAGGAGGGGCGAAAGGCGCAGGAUUUGCUCUGGGAUAAUCUUCUGGAGGAGUUGACCAAGGUCGAUCCCGAGGUCGAGAAGAUUGCGAAAGAGUACUUGACACCUCCGCCAAAGAAGCAGUUGGAUCCAUUGCCAGAGUCUGUGUUUCAAGGUAUCUGA